AUGGCGAUCACACGCGCCUCCUUUGGCAUUUGCCUCUUUCUUGCUUUGGCUACCAUUGCCACUGCUGAUUACUAUACUCCCUCAUCUCUUCCGGUUUACACUCCACCGGUUCAUAAACCCACGCUUUCACCUCCGGUUUACACACCACCUGCCCACAAAACCACCAUUCCACCGGUUUAUACUCCACCGGUUCAUAAACCUACGCUUUCACCUCCGGUUUACACUCCACCAUUCCACAACCCAGUUCUCCCACCUCCGGUUUACAUUCCACCAGUUCACAAGCCCACUCUCCCACCUCCGGUUUACACGUCACCAGCCCACAAGCCAACUCUCCCACGUCGGAUUUACUCACCACCUGCCUACAAGCCUACUCUCCCACCUCCAGUUUACAUUCCACCGGUUUACAAACCCACACUCUCACCUCCGGUUUACACCAAGCCAACUCUCCCACCUCCGGUUUACAAGCCCACCCCCCUUCCUCCGGUCUACAAAAAGUCUCCAAGCUAUUCUCAUCCACCUCCAUACGUACCAAAACCAACCUACAAGCCAUACGUCCCAGAGAUCAUUAAAGCCGUUGAUGGCAUCAUCUUAUGCAAAAACGGCUACAAAACGUACCCAAUUCAAGGAGCAAAGGCGAAGAUUGUGUGCUCAGAACCAGGAUCAUAUGGGAAGAACAAGAGCGAGGUUGUGAUCUACAGCAAUCCAACUGACGCUAAGGGAUACUUCCAGGUGGCGUUGACCCACAUCAAGGACCUAUCUUACUGUCGUGUCAAGCUCUACACUUCAUCGAUCAAGACUUGCAAGAACCCGACCAAUGUCAACAAGGGUCUCACCGGAGUUCCCUUGUCGAUGUACUCCGACAAGAACUUGAAGCUCUUUAACGUCGGUCCUUUCUACUUUACCGGUCCCAAGGCUGCUCCUCGCAUUCCUAAGUACUGA